AUGGUAACAAAGAGACCUCAUCCAAGAACUAGACAGCUUCCUACACCUACAGCUUCAACAUCUAGGAAAAAUGAUCCUCCCCAAGAUGAUCCAGACACCCCCAGAAAGAAGCAUUUUAGAAGACAGCUUUUUGCAGAAAGCGUAAAGAGCCAAGAGAAAAGACAUAUUGUUUCUCUCAAACAAAUAGUAAUGGCUGGCGUCAACUCAAAAACGAAACGAAAAGAUUGGAAUGCAGAGGACAUGGCGCAAGCUAUUACAUUAGUAAGAGAGAAACAAAUGGGUUAUUUAAGAACUGCAAAACACUUUGGUGUGCCGAGAACUACCUUGUUUCGAUUAUGCCAGAAAAACGAAUCACCGCCAGAAGAAGCCGCAGCUACUACACUUGGGAGGAAAACCGUUUUAGGGACAACCGUUGAAAAUCUUUUGGUAGACUACAUUUUGACGAUGGAGAGCAAAUUCUACGGCUUGAGGAGAAGCGAUGUUCGAAGAAUGGCGUACAUGUUGGCAAAACGUAAUCAGUUGAAAAAUCCAUUUGGUGACACGGGAUUGGCUGGAAAGAAAUGGCUUAAGCUAUUUCUUAAGCGCCAUAAGGACAAACUAUCAGUCAGAAGACCAACUGGCACAUCUUUUGCUCGAGCAUUUGGAUUCAUCAAAGAAAAAGCAGACACAUUCUUUGAUCUCCUUGAAGGCGUUUAUGUUCAAGAAAACUAUGGAUGGUUACAAAUGAACAUAUUCACUGAAUGGUUCAAACAUUUCAUUAAACAUACCAACCUUACUCCGGAAUCGAAAGUAUUACUGAUCUUGGAUGGUCAUUUAUCUCAUACUCGUAACAUCGACGUGAUAGAUCUUGCUAGGGAAAAUAAUGUAGACAUUGUGUCCUUACCUCCUCACACAACCCCCAAGCUCCAGCCACUAGAUAAGACGUUUAUGGGACCUCUCAAAACGUAUUACAGUGAAGAAAUACGAAUGUGGAUCAGAGACAAUAAUAGACCACUAAGCCCUUAUGAUAUGACGGAGCUGUUUGGUAGGGCUUAUUUAAAAGUACAAACGGGUGAGAUGGCAGCCAACGGAUUUCGGGUUACAGGACUAUGGCCAUUGAAUAAAAAUAUUUUUACCGCGGUCGACUAUCUUGCUGCGCAAGAAGAUGCAGUUAAAGAUGGUUGCACAGUAGAUGUUACACCAAUGACAUUAAGUCUCCAACCUUUAGAAGAAUCGAUGGUCAAUCUUAGAACACCUGCUGAUGGUAAGCCUUUAACUGAAGCUUCUACAUCCAGACAAGAUACAAAUAUUGAACCUGUGCCCUCAACUUCCGGAAUUUCUCACAGUAGUUUAGGAUUCGUUUCUCCAUAUGACAUCAGUCCGGUACCAAACAAGAAAAGGAAACCUUCUAAUAGAGGAAGAAAAGCAUAUGUUGCAGCAGUCAUCACAUCGUCACGUUACAGGGAGGAUCUCAUAGAAAAAAGUAAGAAGAAAGAAGAAAAACAAAAUAAAUGGGCAAAGAAUAAAAAUCAAAAACAAAACAAAAAGAAAUCAAAAGGUAAAAAGCCAAGAGAAAAGAUUAAGUCUCAGUCAGAUUCAGAUGAUGAUGAGGAGAUGAUGCUGUUUGAUACAGACAGUGAGCCCGAUGCCUUGAUAGGAAAUACAGCUCCAGACUCUGAACAUGCGGAGUGUAUUUUCUGUGGCAUGCUGUUUUCAAAUGAUACCCACGGGGAAACAUGGGUCAAGUGCCUCAUGUGUGGGCUCUGGGCACAUAAUGAUUGCGCAGGACCAGAGUCUGAUGCCUGGAUUUAAAACUUUUCCGGACAUACGAUGUUUACAAAGCGCAUUAAGCCGGAAAUAUCUCAGAUGUCUAACGAGCUGUCAUAUGAAGUGGCAAAGUACAUAAUAAUAUCGCAACGACAUUGUAACAAAAGUGUCGCCUACGAUCCUAAAACAGACAUCUGUACAAUGAGGACCUAUAAAAGAGGAACUAAACGAGCUGAUACACCAAAAGAUGUCCUAGAAAGAGCUUGUCACCUAAUAAUUUUGGACACAAAAAGUACUAAUGCAACUUCAAAAAAAUAUGACAUUCCCUAUAAGACAUUACAUCGUUAUGUGGCGACACUAAAGGAGAAAUUGGAACGUAAUCCGAACUUGACGAGAGCAGAAUUAACUUUGGACUUAGUGGGAUAUAUUAAAAAUAGAUUGACACCAUAUGAGACCCGAAAAUUAGCAUGUCAGUUCGCCAUAAAAAGUAACAAAGCUAUGCCUGAUUCUUGGAGAACAAAAUUUUUAGCUGGCGAAGAUUGGUUAGGCUCGUUUCUCAAACGUCAUCCUUCUUUAUCCAUAAGGACACCUCAAGCAACAAGCCUUUCAAGAGCUACAUCAUUCAACAAACGUAACGUCAGUAUGUUCUUCGCUAAUUUAACUGCUGUUUACCAACGUUUCAAUUUAAGCCCUGGUGAUAUCUGGAACGUUGAUGAAACAGGUUUGAAAACCGUGCAAGUACCUAAUACAGUAAUAGCUCAACGUGGUGUUAAAAAUCUAGACAAGAUGACAUCUGCUGAGAGUGAUAGGCCGAUGCUCACUUCCCCUGAUGGUGACUAUCCUUCAGCAUGUGAUGUGAGCACAGUGUCUGUUCCAUCGACUUACGAUGGAUCUAACAGUUGUCUAUCGUCGAAGAGGUUCCCAUUCCUGAUCACCAUACAAUAA